AUGCUCGCACUGCGAGACGUAGGAGACGAAUGGAUACGCAAAGACAGCCAAGUGGGACUAAAAGGGCGGGUGAGCGAUGCGCUGAAACAGGAAAGGGCCCGCAUUUUCACCCUUUCUUUGGUCAGACUUGCCGUGGACACCGGGGGAUCAUGCUUGGUCUGUGUUUGA